GAAGAAAAUAAGAAAACCCUUGUUUUCAUCCAUGGCUAAAAUUAGAUUCUUCACUAUCUUUCUUCUUUCUAUACAUAUCCAUUUCUGGGUUUCAUCUGGUGAGACAUUAUCUAUAUAUGAAGUUCUUAAAUCUCAUGGACUUCCUAUGGGUUUACUUCCUAAAGGAGUGAAGAGUUUUAGUUUAGAUGAUUUGGGUAGAUUUGAAGUUCAUCUUGAUCAAGAAUGUAAUGUUAAGUUUGAGAAUGAAAUGCAUUAUGAUCGGAGUAUUACAGGAGUAUUGAGUUUGGGAAGGAUAUCUGAAUUAUCAGGGAUCUCUGCUCAAGAUUUGUUUUUAUGGUUUCCUGUUAAGGGAAUUAGGGUUGAUAUACCUAGUUCUGGUUUGAUCUAUUUUGAUGUUGGUGUUGUUUAUAAACAAUUUUCACUUUCAUUGUUUGAAUCUCCUCGGGAUUGUGUUCCUUCUCCACCGCCGCCGGUUGAUGUUCUUCAAAUGGAGGGUUCAUUUGUGAAGAUUUGGGAAUGAGAGACAAUUUUUGUUUGGUGGGGAAUUCGACUCCAUUUACGUAUGACGAGAUGGGAGGAGCAAAAUGGGUAUGCCGGCGCCGGCGCCGGCGAUGUUUGGUCCGGCGAUCAAUUUGUUGUGGAUAGUUUGGGUUUUGGUAAUUUUAUUGGAAGAAAUUAUUCAUUGUAGUGUUAUUAUUAUUAUUAUUAUAAGUGAGUUGUUUUUUUUAAUUAUGAUUGUCGAUUCGAUACAUGCAUUUGUUAUAAAACCAAUAAAGAUCGAUUAAAUAAAUAAAAUUAUGAUUCUUCAA